AUGAAGUCUACCGUCUUCCUCAUCCUUUCCCUGCUCCUCAUUCGGGUGAAGCAAGCAUCUGGAAAGAAACUCCUCGUUGCUGUUAAAGGACAAGAAGCUUCGCAAGGUCAAGUUUGGACCACAGGACAGGAGCCUGUGGAAGAAGAAUUUGUAGUUCAACAUAAAGAUCCCAUGAUCGGUCACAUUUGGGUCGAUGGACAAGAUUUCGUGGAAGAAGCAGUUUCACUUAAAGGUCUCAGUUCUGUGAAAGGUCGCAUGCGAGUCAAAGGACAAGCUCUCAUUGGAGAAGCGGUUUCCGUUAAAAGUCUCAGCCCUGUGAAAGGUCACAUGAAGGUCAAAGGACAAACUCUCAUGGGAAAAGCAGUUUCCAUUAAAGGUCAUGGUUCUUUGAAAAGUCGCAUGCAGGUCAAAGGACAAGAUCUCAUGGGAGAAGAAUUUUUAGUUCAAGGCACUGAUCCAGUGAUCAGUCACAUUUGGGUCAAUGGACAAGAUUUUGUGGAAAAGCCAGUUUCAGUUAAACGUCUUGGUGUGGUAAAAGGCCAAGGUUACCUGAAAGGUCAGGGUUCUCUGAAAGGUCACCUACAGAUCAGAGGACAAGAUUCCAUGGAAGAAGUAGUUUCAGUUAAAGCUCUCCAGCCUGUGAAAGGUCACAUGCAGGUCAAAGGACAAGAUCUCACAGGAGAACAAUUUUUAGUUCAAGGUAAAGAUCCAAUGAUCAGUCACAUUUGGGUAGAUGGACAAGAUUUUGUGGAAGAAGCAGUUUUAGUUAAAGGCCUGAGUCCUGUGAAAGGUCACAUGCAGGUCCAAGGACAAGAUCUCUUGGGAGAAACAGUGCCAGUUAAAGGUGUAGGUGCUGUUAAAGGUUCUGGUUUUCUAAAACGUCGGGGUUCUCUGAAAGGUCAAGGCACCUUGAAAGGUCAAAUGCAGGUCAAAGGACAAGAUCUUACACGAGAAGAAUUUUUAGUUCAAGGUAAAGAGCCAGUGGUUAGUCAGAUUUGGGUUGGUAGACAAGAUUUUGUGGAAAAGCCAGUUUCAGUUAAAGGCCUUCAUCCUGUCAAAGGUCGAGGUUCUCUAAAAGGUCAAAGUUCUCUGAAAGGUCAAGGUUCUCUGAAAGGUCGGGGUUCUCUAAAAGGUCGAGGUUCUCUGAAAGGUCGGGGUUCUCUAAAAGUGAAAGGACAAGAUCUCCUGGAUGAAGCAGUUUCAGUUAAAGGCCUCCAUCCUGUGAAAGGUGGUGCACAGGUCCAAGGACAAGACCUCCUGCAAGAAGAAUUGUUAGUUCAACGUACAGAUCCAAUGAUCCAUCAAGUCUGGGUUGACGGACAAGAUUUUGUGGAAGAAGCAGUUCCAGUUAAAGGUCCUGUGAAAGGUCACAUGCAGGUCCAAGGACAAGAUCUCUUGGGAGAAACAGCUUCAGUUAAAGGUGCUGGUGCAGUGAAAGGCCAAGGUUACCUGAAAGAUCGGGGUUCUCUGAAAGGUAGAGGUUCUUUGAAAGAUCACCUACAGAUGAAAGGACAAGAUCUCUUGGAUGAAGCAGUUUCAGUUAAAGGUCUCCAUCCUGUGAAAGGCGGAGCACAGGUCCAAGGACAAGACCUUCUGGGAGAAGCAGUUUCAGUUAAAGGUCUCAGUCCCAUGAAAGGUAGCACACAAGUCCAAGGACAAGACCUCCUGGGAGAAGCAGUUUCAUUUCAAGGUCUUGGUCCCAUGAAAGUUGGCAUGGGACUCAAAAAACAAUAUCUCAUACCACAAGCAGUUUCUGUUAAAGGUUCUAGUCCUAUGAAAGGUCUUAUGCAGCUCAAAGGACAAGGCAUCAUGAGAGAAGCAAUUGCAGUUAAAGGUCUCAGUUCUGUAAAAGGGCAAAUGCAGGUCAAAGGGCAAAAUCUCAUGGAAGUAGUUGCAGUUAAAACAGUCAGUUCUGUGAAAGGUCAUAUACAGGUCACAGGGCAAGAUCCCAUGGGAGACUUUUUAAGUCAACAUAAAGAUCCCAUGAUCGGUCACAUUUGGGUGACAGGACAAGAUUUCAUGCAAGAAUCAGUUUCCCUUAAAGGUCCUGGUUCUGUGAAAGGUCAAAUGCGGGUCAAAGGACAAAAUUUCAUUGGAGAAGCAGUUUCUGUUAAAGGGCUUGGUUCUGUGAAAGAUCAUAUGCAAGUUAAAGGACAAGAUUUCAUUGGAGAAGCAGUUUCAGUUGAAGGUCUUGAUUCUGUUAAAGGUCAAAUGAGGGUCAAAGGACAAAAGUUCAUUGGAGAAGCAGUUUCUAUUAAAGGUCUUGGUUCUGUGAAAGAUCACGUGCAGUUCAAAGGACAAGAUUUCAUUGGAGAAGCAGUUUCAGUUAAAGGUCUCGAUCCUGUGAAAGGCCUUAUGCAGAUCAAAGGACAAGAUCUCCUGAACAAAGCAGUUUCAGUUAAAGGUCUCAGUCCUGUGAACGAUGGCAUGCAGGUCAAAGGACAAGACCUUCAACAAGAAGCAAUUCCAGUCAAAGGUGUGGGUUCUGGGAAAGGUGGAAUGCAGGUCAAAGGACAAGAUCUCCUGGAUGAAGCAGUUUCAAUUAAAGAUCUCAGGCCUGCGAAAGGUGGCAUACAGAUCAAAGGACAAGAAUCCCUGGGAGAAGCAGUUUCAGUCAAAGGUCUUGGUUCUGUGAAAGGUCACAUGCAGGUUAAAGGACAAGAUCUUCUAGAAGAAGCAGUUUCAAUUAAAGGGCUGGGUGCUGUGAAAGGUCGCAUGCAGGUCAAAGGACAAGAUUUCCAGGAUGCAGCAGUUACAGUUAAAGCUCCUGGUUCUGUCAAAGGUCGGGGUUCUUCAAGAGGUCGAGGUUCUCUCAAAGGUCCCAUGCAGAUCAAAGGACAAGAUUCCAUGAAAGAAGCAGUUUCGGCACAAGGUCUAAGUUCUGUGAAAAAUCAUAUGCAAAGUAAAGGACAAAAUACCAUGGAAAAAACAGUUUUAAUUAAAGAUCAAGAUCUUAUGAAAAGUCACAUGCAAUUUAAAGGACAAAAUCACAUGGAAGAACAAGAAGCAUUUAAAGGCCAAGAAACAUUCAAAGGGCAAAGUUUCAGUAAACCUGGCACCUGCCCCGACAUUGUGGCACAAUGCACAUAUACAAGUUAUCCCAAUAAGUGUGGGAGUGAUGUUGAGUGCCCAGGGACCAUGAAGUGCUGUUUGGGUAUGUGCGGGAUGGAGUGCUUGAUCCCCGAGUGAGGUGAGCACAGGCUGGAAGAAGAGGGGACCCCUACCAAUACAGAAGAGGGUUGAGUGGUGGGGAGUAAU